AUGGCUCGGGAUCCACUCGCCGCCAUCAAGACGGUCGCGGCAGCCAUCACGACGAGACAGUCAGCCGCGCUAUGGCGCCCCACGAGCGCCUCUUUGGAACACGCAGUCAUGCUGUCCGCAUCGGCUUUGCUGUGGGGCGGCAUCGGUAUUCUUGUAUAUACGAGACGAGAAUCUGGACGGUGGGCUCCGGGCGGGCGAUACCUGCGAGGAAUCACACGGAGCCGGACGGGCGGCGAGGUAUUUGGGGCCCUGGCGGUGCCGCUGGCGCUGGUCUGCAGGGCCUUUCUCUUUCGAUUUUCCCUCUGGUGGGCUCAGUGCACCGCGCAGGGAGGCCUGAUUUCAUUCCUCCCUGCGGCAAUUGUCCUCGCCGAGUGGGCAUGGCCCAGAGACCAUGACCAAGACCACACGCCGGCCGCGUCCCCCGACGGGGUGCCCGCCAGCCCGCCCCAGGGGCCGUGGUCUCACCUCACCAGGAUCACCGUGAAGCACGGGAGGACCAGACAGCAGUUUCCCAUCCGCCACCUCGGCCUCGCCCUCGCCUGGGCCGUGCUGGCAGACCGCCUCGUCGCCCCCGCCGCGCACACGAGUACUACCGGGCUGGUCUGUCCGGCGGGCACGACACGGCCCGCGGCGGGCCUCGCGCAGCUCCUGGUCAGGGCCGUUGAUGCCGGUGCGCUGUUCCUCGCCGGCCGGUGGCGGGGGGGAGGGAGAUGCCACCAGGUUGGAAAGGAGCCUGGGCCUGGGCCGGUGCCGAGAGUGGACGGGGGCCACCGGCUCGCCCUGGACUGCUUCGUGGCAGCGGUGGCUAUGCUGUCCCUCCUGGCGGCCACCUCGCCGUUGCUGACAUCGAGCCUGCGGGAGAUGUCAGCAGCCCCGGCGGUACGAAGCCUCGUCGUCAAGGACCAGGCCCUGGACAGCCUCCUGGCCGCGGGCGUAAUUCUCUCGGGAUUAUACCUCCUUGCCCACAUAUCCCCAGCGACACUGGCCCUCGUGGGCGCAGCCGCGCUGACAGCAACACACCCCAACCUCGAGUCCACCACCGGCUACGGCGCGCCGCGUCCCAUCCCAACACAGGCAGUCGUCCUGGGCGCCCUCGCCGUGGCCACCCAGGCCCUCCUCUCCCAGACGACGGCCCGCCUCGACACCGAGGCAUCCAAGCUCCCACCGACGGACAAACCACACCACAGGCGGCGCCUGGCGGCGUGCCUCGGCCUCCUCACCCUCCUGCUGGCGGCCACCUGCGCCCGCGGCGCCCUCUCGCAGCCGCGGGACGCCGCCCACGCCAUCCAGGCCGCCCAGCAGGCAUCGGACGACUGGGUGCGGCGCGCGGGGGCGAGCCAGGACGCCAGGGAGGCGGCGGCCGCGUACCGGGGGCGCUACGGGCGGGCGCCGCCGCCCAACUUCGACAGGUGGGUGGCGUUUGCGCGGGCGCGCGGGUCGCCCGUGCUCGACGUCUUCGACCAGAUCGAGGGGGACCUGGCGCCGUUCCGGGCGCUGGCGCCGGCGGAGCUGAGGGCGCGGACGGGCGAGGUGCUCGCGGCGAGGGGCGGGCUCGGGAUAGGGGCCAUCCGGAUCCGGGGCGGUGGUGGCAGUGAGCAUACUGGCAGGGUCGAGCUGGGCCCCGGGUCGCCGCCGACGCACUUCUGGAUGCUGGAGGCGUGGAGGGACAUGAUCGGGCCGUUCGCCGCGGACCUCCCUGAUAUGGACCUUGCCUUUAACCUGGACGACGAGUGCCGGGUUGCGGUUCCUCGGGAUAGUCUUGGGCGGGUGCUCCGGGAGGAGGAGGUGGAGGAGGAGGGUGCUGAUAUCAUACUCGGACCGGACGAGCAGCAGCAGCAGAAGUCCUUACGCGGGUGGUUCAGCAAGGCGGCCUCCCCGCCGUGGGACGACAAGUCCUUCGCCUCCCCCGGCCACGCCACCCCUUCAUAUUUCACCACCAAGAACCCCAAGCACGGGAUAUACGACGAGUUCAUCACCCCGGCCUGCCCGCCCGGCUCGGCCGCGCUGCGGCACCGGUGGCCCGACGCGACCCGCGCCAUGCCCAUCGCCCGCGGCGGCAUCAUCACCGCCACGCCGGACCUGUGCGCCCGCCCGGACCUGGCCCGGCUGUCCGGGUUCCUGGCGUCCCCCGGGGGAGGCAGCGGCAACAGCGGGCCUGCCAUCACGCGGCGCCUCGUCCCCGUGUUCAGCCAGGCGCGGGCGGCAGGCGGCGGAUUUAUUGAUAUCCUGGUACCGAGCCCGUGGCACUUUGCGGACAAGGUCGGCGUGGAGGCCGGGAGGGACGUGGCGUGGGCGAACAAGAGCGAUGUUGUGUUCUGGCGCGGGAGUAGCUCGGACGGCUGGGCCGAGGGGAGCAAGUGGCCUGGGUUCCUGAGGGCGAGGCUGGUGAACCUGGCCAAGGGAUUGCCGUCGUCGUCGUCGUCAUCAUCAUCAUUAUCUGACGCCCCAGCCGUCGACGUCGCCUUCUCGGGCAGCUUCACCCGCUGCUCGCCCUCCGCGUGCCGGAGCAUGGCUUCCACCUUCUACGGCCCCAGCCCCUUGUCCUCCUCCUCCCCCGACCAUCCCGAGGGCGCCCCCAGGACGGACUUCCAGGAGCACUGGGCCCACCGGCACCUGGUCGACGCCGACGGGACGGGCUUCUCGGGGCGGUUCCUGGCCUUCCUGCAGAGCAGGAGCACCGCGUACCGGGCGACCGUCUUCCGCACGUGGAUGGACGAGCGGGUCCACCCGUGGAGGCACUUUGUGCCGCUGGACGCGAGCCUCAGCGGGCUGUGGGAGGUUGUGCGGUUUGCCAGUCGGGAGUUUGUGGUGAGAAAGGAGAACGGGGAGGAAGAUGGGGGGUACGAUGACGGGGAGGGGGUUCCUCUUGCACACGACAUCGCCACGCACGGACACGAGUGGGCGGCCAGGGCGCUGAGGAAGGAGGACAUGCAGAUUUAUAUGUUCCGGCUGCUGCUUGAGUGGGGCAGGCUGGUUGAUGACAGGCGCGAUGAGCUGGGCUAUGUGCCGUAGAUGGUGUUGUAUUUAAAUGUUGCAUGGUGAUGAGUGUAUGACGGCUUUGUUGAGUGUAGGUGCCCAGGUGUGUGUUUGGGGGGCAUAUAAGAGUACCAGUU